AAUACGGUGUUUAUGAAUUGUUCAUCAACAAUCAUCAUUUGGCCGAUUUUCCAAAAAAUUUUGGAAAAAGAGACAAAUUAAAUUUAGUAAUUUUAAAUCAUGUCUUCAGAACCGAAAACAAUAAUCAUCGAUACGGGCAAUAUAUUCAAGUUUGGAAUUAUCCAACGAAAAGGAUUGAAUGAUGUCAAUGUUGAGGUUCUAGAAGGUAUCGCAAGUGUAUUGGAUUCAUAUUCAAACCGUAUGGCAAAAUGGGAUACAAUCGAAUUGAACGGAAAGGAUGUGAAAUGCUUACGACUGAAUGGAGAAGGAAAUAAUUCAUUUGAAAAUCAUGAUCGUAGUAAAUUGAAAUUAACGGUAAAAUUAUUCUUAUAUGCGGAUGCUGAGCAGUCAGAUGAAUAUAAACAACAAUUGGCAUCUGAAUCAAUCAAUGCUUUGGUUAAAUUAUUGAAUCUAAAUCAAAUCGAUAACCUAAUUCUAUCCGUUCAAACUGAUGAUAUGGAUCAGGUGCUAACAGAGUUGGAAUCUUUUUGGACCUUUUAUGAAACAUUUGUUUUGAAUGAAAAAAUCCGUCAACUAGGUACAAGUGAUUUAAAUUUUACUCAAUUAUCUGAUCUUUAUGGAUGGGCUAAACGGAUAAAACCAUCAUCAACACAGAUUAAUCUAAAUACUUGUUGUGAUAUUCCUGCCGAUUUGUCCGCCUUUGCCAAAGAAAAUUCAAUACAAUUGCUUACACAUAAUGAUCCUGUUGAUAAUUUUAUUCCAAUCGAAAGUUUACAAAAAUUAUUCAAAACAAAGGAUGUCUCCUGUUCAUUGUUGACCGAUAACCAAACACUCAAACGUAAAUGGAUUGCCCGUUAUACAUUCGUGUUGCCAGGACAAGGUGUCGUUUUGACCAAAGGAUACAUGCUUAGUUUGCUUGUUUAAUUGAAUAUUGCAUAAUAAUAGGAAAGGAGAAAACAAAUGCUUUAAUGUUGUUAAUCUAAAAACAUUUUUAUUAUUUUAAUUUUUUAAUGUCAACACUGAAUAAUCAAGACAAU